AUGUCAGCUCCCCAGAAGUCGUCGAGAUGGGGCUCCUUUUUGUCCCAGGCCGUCGCUGGCGUCGAAGCUCGCCUUGACAAUAUCCUCGCCGAAGAGGAUGCGGCAAAGCAGUCAUCACCGCAACGCCCGACCAGAACACCCUCGACGUCUUCCGGUACUACGACCAGCGUUCCAGCUCGGUCCACUACGCCUUCACGAUCCUCUAACGAUCGAUUGCAAGAACGGCUAGCUCGAGCUGUCGCCGCCAGGAAUGCCGCCCAAAAAGCCGAUUCCUCGCCCGCUAGAUUAAGUACCGAAUCAGCUCCACCGACUCAGAGUCCCCGUACCAGCACUGAUAUUCCUUCUACAACAUCCACGGUACAGUCUCCACCCAGCGCCGAGAAGACGGAAGACUCGAAAGAUGAUACAGCUAGCAAAGCGCCUGCUUCGUCUACAUCAGGCGACGGGGCUUUUGUGAGUCCGCCGACUCCAGCAGUUGAUGAGCAAGCUGCUGCAGGCGACUUACAUGCCCCACCAAACCCCGAUCGCGAAGUUCAGAAUGGUGAGAAGUCCGAGCCACCGGCAAUCGAAGUUGAGGACGAACUGCUGGGAACUAAAAACAUCUCAGCAUCUACGGCCCUAUAUGAGCAGCGCAUUGCCGACCUAGAAAAAGCCUUGGAGGAGGCCAAUGUGCAACACCAGGAAGAACUUCAUAGCCAUAUUGAAAGAGUUGAUGCUCUGCAGGCUAAACUACAAUAUUUAGCCCGACAAGCAUCGGAGGCAGCAAGAAUGGCUGCCGCUGCCGCGCCGGCGGGUAGCGCAGACAAAAAAGAUGCCGAGAAGGACCAGCAGAUUGCCCAGUUGAUGGAGGAAGGGCAGAAACUGGCAAAUACAGAACAGAAGCAUAGGAGCAUAAUCAAAAAGUUAAGAGGCCAACUCGUCAUGGUCGAGAAAGAGCUUAAUGAACAGAAACUCUGGCGUCAGAAAACGGAGACGGAGUUCAGUGCUCUACGCAAAAAGCUUCACGAUCAAGGCGAUGUCGAGAAGGCGAAUGCAGAUUCACAAAAGCAAAUAAGCCAACUGAGAAGAGAUUUAGAAGUGCUAAAGGCUGAAAUCUCCUUGAAAGAUAGUACAAUAGCCGAGCUCAAGGAUCGGCUACAGGAGGAAUCCGAUCGAGCCAAGACAUUGGCUGCUAAGGUGAACGAUCAGCUACGAGAAGCGGGAGAGAAACAUGUAAAGGAGCUUGAAGAAACGGUUGCGACGCUAGAGGUAGAGAAGAGUUUAAUAGCCGACCGCGCAAAGUUACAAGCAACAGAACUACAAGAAAAGGCCGACAGGGCUGCAGAGCGGUUUCGUGCCUUAGAGUUAGAACUCAAAGGCGAAGUCCAGAUCCUCGAGAGCAAAUUAGAAGCCCUUCGAAUUCGAGCCGAAGAAGCGUCAACAGGUGCUAUAGGGGAUGCGCAGGCGAAGCUACUCCGCCAGAUAGAGACUCUUCAGACGCAGUAUUCCAUUGCCAGUGAGAAUUGGCAAGGCAUAGAGGCGUCUUUAAUUGCAAAGACGGCGGCCUUGGAGAAGGAACGAGAUGAAGCGUUACGACGCGAGUCGGAAAUGAGGCGGAAAGCCCGGGAGACGGCUUCUCGAGCCAAACGCCAGGAAGAGGAGUUGGAAGAAGCAAGAAACCAACUACCCAGCGUGCAGCAAGACUUGUCCUCGCACCGGUCAGAAAUCGAAGCCCUGCGCAGGCGGGCCGAAGAGGCGGAGGCUUCGUUAGCUGAAGCGAAGUCUGAUUUCGAACGGCAGCGGUUGGCGUGGAAAGAAGAAAAAGCCGAGCGAACAGAUCCAGACCGGCGGAACUGGCUAGAAGAUAUACCUACUGCUGCCUUCCGUAACAUUAGUCGUCCAGAAUCCCCUCUAUUAACAGCGCCGCAGAGAACGUUCAGCGGCGAAUUCUUAGGGCUGCAGAGUUAUCCAACGAGACUGCGCAAGACCUCGGCACCUUCUAGUAAUGGUGACCCGAGUCCUGGCGAUCGGCCAGCAUCGGCAAGGCGGCCAUCAGGACAACCCCCUAUGCGGUCGCCCAUGUUCCCUUUCUCGUCGGUGCAGUCAUCGGGGACGCCGCCAUCCCUGUCCGGUGGCUUGGAGAUAUUAACUUCUCCAUCAACUCAUCCUGUGGAUAGGGAUGAUGUUUUUGAAAACGAAACACCUGCAUCCCCUCACAACGUAUUGCAGGACAUGAUGUCGGUAUCUACUAUGACAGCAGGGCCGUCUGUGCAACUAGUCGAGAGGAUGAGUGCUGUAGUCCGUCGAUUAGAGAGCGAAAAGGUAGCAGCUAAGGAAGAGCUUGCCAGGAUUUCAAGCCAACGAGACGAGGCUCGCGGAGAGAUCGUCGUCUUGAUGAAGGAGAUCGAGGCCGAAAGGGGAGCCAAGAAGAAAGUGGAAGAACUGGAGAAGGAGGUGACACUGAUCAACGAAAGGUACCAAACUACGCUAGAAAUGCUCGGGGAAAAGAGCGAGCUAGUAGAGGAGUUACGUGCAGAUGUGGAAGAUGUCAAAGCCAUGUAUAGGGACCUCGUGGAACGCACAAUUAAAUAAGGAGGCAGCGACUCGCCUGGGCCUUAUAUUACGCCUGAAUUAAAUAUUUUGGGGUAUAAGACAGUAGAAUACUAUGAGCGG